UUGACAGUGGAGAUGGCAACAGUUUCGUGGAUUAGUCAAUAUUUUAUCAUUGUCUUUGUGUGAGCGGAGGCUUACAUUUGUUAUUUUAAGUUCGUUGAUAUUCCUAUCAAGAUGUCUUUUCUAGUAGACUCAGUAAUCAUGUUUACCUCUCAGGUUCUGUUUUUCGGUUUUGGAUGGCUCUUUUUCAUGCGACAACUGUUCAAGGAUUAUGAGGUACGUCAGUAUGUGGUGCAGGUGGUUUUCUCUGUCACGUUUGCGUUUUCUUGCACCAUGUUUGAACUCCUCAUCUUUGAAAUCCUCGGAGCCUUAAGUAGCACGUCCAGGUAUUUCCAUUGGAAAUUGAAUCUGUACGUCAUAUUGCUGGUUCUUAUCUUUGUCGUGCCAUUCUACAUUGGCUACUUUGUGGUUAGCAACAUACGUCUGUUGCAGAGACACAGACUGCUGUUUGCCUGUGUUGUAUGGUUCACCUUCAUGUAUUUUUUCUGGAAGUUGGGAGACCCAUUUCCCAUCCUCAGUCCUAAACACGGUAUUCUGUCCAUAGAGCAGCUGAUAAGUCGAGUGGGUGUCAUUGGCGUCACACUCAUGGCUCUCUUGUCUGGUUUUGGUGCAGUGAACUGUCCAUACACCUACAUGUCCUACUUUCUCAGGAAUGUGACAGACAGUGAUAUCCUGGCCCUGGAGAGAAGGCUGCUUCAGACCAUGGACAUGAUUGUCAGCAAGAAGAAACGUAUUGCUAUGACCAGAAGACAGAUGUAUCAGCGUGGAGAGGACCAGAACAAACAGACAGGAUUCUGGGGAAUGAUUAAGAGUGUUACUUCCUCUCCUGCUGGAAGUGAGAAUAUUUCUCUAAUACAGCAGGAAGUGGAUGCUCUGGAGGAACUCAGCCGACAACUCUUCCUGGAGACGGUCGAUCUGCAGGCCACCAAGGAGCGCAUAGAGUACUCAAAGACUUUUCAAGGAAAGUAUUUCAACUUUUUGGGCUACUUUUUCUCCAUCUACUGUGUAUGGAAAAUUUUCAUGGCCACCAUUAACAUUGUCUUUGACCGCGUGGGGAAGACAGACCCAGUCACCCGAGGGAUUGAGAUCACAGUGAAUUACCUGGGUAUUCAGUUUGAUGUGAAGUUCUGGUCUCAGCAUAUUUCCUUCAUCCUAGUGGGAAUCAUCAUCGUCACGUCCAUCCGAGGGUUACUAAUCACGCUCACCAAGUUCUUUUAUGCCAUUUCCAGCAGCAAGUCCUCUAACGUCAUAGUGCUGGUUUUGGCCCAAAUCAUGGGAAUGUAUUUUGUCUCCUCUGUUUUGCUCAUGCGUAUGAGCAUGCCAUUGGAGUAUCGGACCAUUGUCACUGAAGUGCUGGGGGAGCUGCAGUUUAACUUCUACCAUCGCUGGUUUGACGUGAUCUUCCUCGUCAGCGCUCUGUCCAGCAUCCUCUUCCUCUACCUGGCACACAAGCAGGCUCCUGAGAAGCACAUGACCUUAUGACAUCUGCACACUCUCAGGAGAAAAGAACUCUCAUUUUUUCUCGCUCUCUCUCUCUCUCUAACUUUUUAAAAUCUCUUGCCUGUCCGUAACCUGUCAAGAGGUCAGCCCCUCUUCUGAGUUGGUUCUUCCUGAAUCAGGAGGCGCCUGAAGACAGUGACGUUCUUUGGAAUGUUCUACUGAUGGAGCUGAUUGGCUCUGUGAGAUUGCAUAUGAUGUCAGUAGAGAGAACAGAGCAUUUCAUUGGUUGAACAGACGGUGAUGUGACAAGUUGAAAAUCGGUGUAAUCUUUAACGUGUUUUUUUUUUUUUCUUUUUUUCUUUACUGGUUGAAUGUACAAACAUCCAAACAGUAGUUGUGCUGUCCAACAGGGCAUAGAGCCUUAAUGUGAUGUUAUGUAAUAUCACUGUCAAGUCAGCGUUCCAACACGUCAUCCAGUGACCCAAACACCCCACAGUUAGGGUUAUAUUAGUUUGCUGCAAUAAAUGUGCACACACACACACACACACACACACACACUAUUGUAGGGGCAUUACCACUGCAGAUUGGCUGAUAUUGUGAUAACUCACAACUCAAGAGCCCAAGAUACAUCAGCUUCAUGUAUGCUCAAACAUUCAUAAGCUGUCCUCUGUUUGUAUUCCUCAGUUUGUGAUAUGUAUCAUUCUUUAAGUGGUGUCUGAUUUAACACUGAGAUGAAUGGAAAUGUUAUAUUUUAAUUUUGUAAUACUCAGCGACUCAGUAUUACAGCCUAAAUGCGACACUGUCUGGCUACGUCAUGUCACGUCCACUGGCUUCACUCAAGGACAUGAAAAGGCUUCAAAGGAAAUGCAGCAUUGUUCCAGGCCAUUGAGAUGUCAUUGCAUCGGUGGCAUUCUGUGGUGAAGUUUACUUUGGUGGGUUUAAACACAAGUGAAAAUCCUUUUAAGAAUCAGAGCUUGUGUAGAUGG